GCUUUUAUUCCGGGGUUGUCUUCUGUGGAUCUCUAUUGUCUGGAGGGUACCUAGCGCCAUGCCUGAGUCUCUAGACCUUUCCCCUCCUGACAUUCCGGAGGCUGGCCUCCUUGAAAUGUUUCUUCGCUAUGGGCUUUUCGGUGGAGCCAUCUUCCAACUGAUCUGCAUAUUGGCUAUAAUCUUCCCUGGGGGCAAGUCACAGGACAUGGAUUCUGAUAUUCCAGAAACACGAAACACUGAAACGCAGAAAAAAAACAAAAUGCCAGCCGCUGUAGUUGGAAAAAAACAAAAGAAGGAGACAAAGAAGAAGAGAUGAGAGCACAAGCUGAGACCUGUAUCAUCUUCCCACAAGUUCUUGUCAUAGCAGGACUGCUCUAUGCACCUCAAUGCAAGGCACUCACACCACAUCUAACUAAUGGUUAUUUAAUUCCAGUAUAAAGUGCUCAUUUUACAAUACAUUGAGCUUUUUUAUGUCCUAUACUUUCUGCACAAUGUAUAUAUCUAUUAUGCAGAGCUCUAUAAUGAAUGAGUAGUUGCUAAUCAAAGGAAAACAGACAGAUGGUAUAUACAGAUAAAGUGUGAUUUUUAAAAAAUUGUCAAUGCAGUAUAAAUACACAUGCUGGGCCACAGUGCACCCUAGAGGGAGGCGGGAAAUAGCCUCAGUACUAUGCUCAUGAAAAGUAGUGUUUUAAUGUCCCUUUAAACACCAUGCCCGCUCUGAGAGCUGACGUGGUAUAUAUUGCGUCAGUGAAAAUACAAUCUCUGCAGACUCACUGAGAAGGUGCAGUGUUUUAAUGUCCCUUUAAACACCAUGCCCGCUCUGAGAGCUGACGUGGUAUAUAUUGCGUCAGUGAAAAUACAAGUCACUGCGGACUCACUGAGAAGGUGCAGUGUUUUAAUGGCACAUGUACCACUCACAUCAUACUUGCUUUAAAAUUGCAGUUUCCUGAGUUAAAUUCCAGGCAAAUGAAAUGAAAGCAGUGUUCUCCCCAGGACCAAUUUAAUGGUCACACCACCUAGCUAAAAUGUAAACCAAUAUUAAGCUGAAGCUAAUAUUAAAGUUUUUCAUUACAGCGUUCAUUACAAAAUUAGCAUAAUAUCAUGCAAUUAAUUUGUACUUUGGAUAGCUUAAAGGGACAGUCUACUCCAGAUUUUGUAUUGUUUAGAAAGAUAAUAAUCCUUUUAUUACACAUUACCCCAGUUUUGCAUAACCAACACAGUUAUAUUAAUAUACUAUUUACCUCUGUGAUUACCUUGUAGCUAGGCCUCAGCAGACUGACCCCUUAUUUCAGUUCUUUUGACAGACUUGCAUUUUAUCCAAUUAGUGCUGACUCAUAAAUAACUUCACAGGAGUGAGCACACUGCUAUCUAUAUGUCACACAUGAACUAGCACUGUCUAGCUGAUAAGAGAUGGGCUUCAAGGGCUUAGAAAUUAGCAUAUGAGCCUACCUAGGUUUAGCUUUCAACAAAGAGUAGAGUACCAAGAGAACAAAGCAAAUUUGAUGAUAAAAGUAAAUUUGAAAGUUGCUUAAAAUUGAAUGCCCUAUCUGAAUCAUGAAAGUUUAAUUUUGACUAGACUGUUCCUUUAAGUGACCAUUAUAAAUAACAUGAAAUAUUAAGUAUUAAUCCCCCCCCAUCUGGCAAAAUUAUCUGUGGAGAAUAUUAAAACGUUUUUUUUUUGUUUGUUUUUUAAAGCAUAAUUUUAAAUAUUGUAUGUGGAUUUACAUUUAGAGUUAAACAGCCCUUUAACUACCUGAUUAUGAGUUUCUGCUUCCAGUAAAUAGCGAUACAAUUCAAGGAGUAUACCUACAAUUUAAUUUAUUUAUUCAGAAAUCAUAUUUCACCAUAAUAAAAAAAAAAAGAUUUUUUUUCAAAUCACACUUUUAUGUUUAAAUUAUCUGACAAUGUAAGCUAUUAUGUUGCAGUCUAUAUAUGAUACAUUCAUGACCACUAUAUAUCUUAAUGUGCUAUGUCAUUGUCUAAAGUUUUGAUAAAUAAACCCAAUAAAAUUAA